AGAUGAGCAUCCAAUAGACUAUUACAACCUCAUAGAGACAGACAUUUACUUAGGAAUAUAAAUUUGUAUCUCUAUCUAUACUUACCCACCUUGAGGAAUUUCUGAUAGCCUUAUCCAACUACAGCGAUCAUCCAGCUUGGAAAAUAUGCCACCAAGUAUCAGUCGCGUCUAUGCUGAUGCUAACGAGAAGCACAGCCGCUCUUGGUGGGAUUACGACAACCUCACAGUAUCCUGGGGUGAGCAAACCUCCUACGAAAUUGUUAGAAGAGUCGGACGUGGAAAGUACUCUGAAGUAUUUGAAGGUAUCAACAUCAACAACGACGAGAAGUGCGUUAUCAAAGUACUCAAACCAGUAAAGAAGAAGAAAAUUAAGAGAGAAAUUAAGAUUUUGCAAAAUUUGGCUGGCGGUCCAAAUGUAAUCGCAUUGCUGGAUGUUGUCAGGGAUCCGAACUCUAAGACUCCAUCAAUUAUAUCCGAAUACAUAAACAACACAGACUUCAAACUUCUCUACCCUAAGCUUACAGAUUUCGAUAUUAGAUUCUACAUCAAUGAGCUUCUCAAGGCCCUUGACUUCUGUCACUCUAAAGGUAUCAUGCACAGAGACGUCAAGCCACAUAACGUUAUGAUUGACCAUCAAAAGAGGAGACUGAGAUUAAUUGACUGGGGUUUAGCAGAGUUCUACCAUCCAGGCACAGAAUACAACGUAAGAGUAGCAUCUAGAUACUUCAAGGGACCUGAACUGCUGGUGGACUUCCAAGAGUAUGACUAUUCAUUAGACAUGUGGUCAUUAGGCUGUAUGUUUGCCUCAAUGAUCUUCAGAAAGGAGCCAUUCUUCCAUGGACAUGACAACUACGAUCAAUUGGUUAAGAUCGCAAAGGUUUUAGGUACAGAUGACCUUUAUAAGUAUCUCGACAAGUAUGAAAUAGAGCUCGAUAGUCACUAUGACGAUAUACUUGGUAGAUAUGCUCGUAAACCAUGGAACAAGUUCAUCAACGCUGAGAACCAACACUGGGUCUCAGCUGAAGCAAUAGAUUUCCUCGAUCACUUACUCAGAUAUGAUCAUCAGGAUAGAUUGACAGCACAAGAGGCAAUGGCACACCCAUACUUUGAGCCAGUCCGUAAUUCUGACAUUAGACCAUCAUAAUUUAGCUUUGUAUUCAAUUCAUUCUGGGUAAUAGUAAAAUUUUCUCAUGUCCUGAAAACUUUCAUUAAAACUCGAAAUCCUGGAAGUCCCAGACUUGUACAUCCUCUGUCAAAUCACCUAUGAGUUCCAUGAAUUGCUGAUGAGAUUGAUCAUACAACAUGUAGAAUUGUAAAUCCUCCCAGAGAUUGAAUUUCAUUACGAAUACUUGAUGGAAACCUUUUCCUUUUCCUUCAGGUGAUUGUUCUAAACCGCCUGUGACAGACCUGAUGACGCCAGAGGUAUCUCCCAAGGCAAGUAAUCUGUGGGCAAUUUCCUUGCGUAAGUCCGCAUUUACCGUGGUCUUGUAUUUGAAUGCAACGACGUGUGUAAUCAUUUUAAGUACUCUGACUUAUAUAGGCUCUCGAGAGUGCGAAUGAGAGAAAUGAUAAUGAUGAAUAAGAAAAUGGAAGAUGCCCGAUUUCUUCGAUUUCCGGUAGUAUAAUUAGUUAGAUAUUAGAUAUUAUUUCAUAAAUUUACUUCGACAAUUUCAGUAAGGGCGACUCAAGAUAUCGUACGUAAUGAUUUCUUUACUGACUAAAUGGUUAGAUAGGAGAAGUUGAACAAAACGAUGUAAGACGACGACAAUGAGAUAUCACUUCUAAUUUCUUCCUUGUCAAUUAGCUAUUUUAGUCAUAUAUCGCCUAAGUAAUAUCUUUAGAUCUACUUCAGCAGUAAGAGAGGGAGAUGUUAGCAAUUGAGAGCUUUAUAAUAGAUAUACGAUAUCUGUUUCAUUUAUGCUUUGUUUUGAGAGUAAUACAUGAACCCUAGCCAAGUUAUAAGACAUCAAUGGAGAACAUGUAGUUAUAAGAGAUAUACGCAAUUUUAAUAGAAAAUCGACAACAGCGAGUGUUCAUUAUCUCUUGUAUUCUAUGUAACUGCACCAUAGUACCUCAAGCUCUUAGCAGUCGGACAGCCAACGGAAGUGCACUCUUCAGGAUAUUUUAAUAUUAUAACAAGGUAGACAUAUUUGAAAUAUAUAAAAAUGAGACUAUAUCAAAGGCAAGGAUAUUCAUGAGUGUCAGCUCCAUUUCGGUAUAGCAUCAAUCAUUAUCGUUUCAUCAAUGAAAUAGACAAACAGUUGUCUCACGCAAUAAUUAUCAAAAGCCACUAAGAAUGAUCUCACGUUAGCUGUGUAUGUAUUUAUAACCCUUCUUUCGGUUCAUUUUGUGUAAUUGUCUUUAAUGGAUACUUUUGCUCAAAAUUGGAAGUCUUCAUAAUCCCAAACAAGUACAUCUUCAGAUAGUUGACCCGUCUCGCUGUUGAAUAUUUGGUGAGCAUGGUCGUAGUUUUGAUAGAAGUGCAAAUCUUCCCAUCUCUGAAACUUCAAUGUAUAUAUUUGAUGGUAACCUUUACCCUUACCUUCUGGUGAUUUCUCUAAGCCACCAGAGACGGAUUUGAUGACACCAGAAGUGUCUGCCAAGGAAAGGAGCUUCCGUGAUACAUCCUUACGCUGUUCUUCAGUGACAGUGUCUU